AUGGUAUUACGUAUGAUUCUGCGUUACCUGGCGAAUAAUGAACAGUUAAUUCAACGACUAGCUGAGAGUUAUCCAAUGCGCAGGACAGCUCAGUUUAUUGUUAGUGCCUAUUAUCGCAGUAGAUCAAUCGUGCAGGAACGAAAACUUGAAAAUAUGACUCCAGAACAGUUCAAAAGGAUCCUGAAGUCAUUCAAAGAUAACAUUAAACAAGAAAUAGAAUCAACUAAGCAACAAACGAAAAAACGCGACUGAAGAAGACUACAAAUGAAUCCGAAUAACUAGAACAUUUACAAUGCAAUCAUGAUGGUUGUUUGUAAAAUAAAUAAAUAGUAUGAUUCUCUCUAAAUAUAAUUUAAGAAUGAUUCAAUGAUCAA